AUGGAUAGUAAAUUUUACAUUGAGGAGGUCUGUGUUGAAACUUAAAAUGAAAAACUUGAAAUUCCAAAUGCAGAUAAAAAUAAAAUCAUGCUCACACUUGUAAUUGUAUUUUCUAUACACAAAAAGGAAGAAAAUUUAAAACAGAAGAAUGAUUUUUUAAAUUCAGAAGAUUAUUAUAAUUUCUAACAACUACUUGUUAUUUCAUUAAUUACAAUCAACUUUUCUAAUGAUGAUCCCUUUUUUAGACAUAUUACAAUGGUUGUCAAGGCCAUAAAGAAGGCAAUCAAAAAAAGGCUUACUCAAGAGACUAAUUAGUUUUCAUCUAAAUAGGAAUUUAAGGUAUGAUAAUAUUUGUAAGAGUAGAUUUAAUAAUCUUCUCUCUUCAGAAUCUAUUAUUAGGAUAUUAAUAUUGGAUUUAUAACGUCUACGCAGCAAAUCAAAUCGACAGCCUUCAUAUUUGUCAAUAAAAACAUAUUUAAUGAAUUUAUGAACAAGAAAAUGUCAAUUGAACAAAAGGACUAAUAAGUGCGGCUAACGCUAUAUUUUUUUGAUAUCAACAUUUAGAAAGAAAAACAAAUUUAGUAAGAGUUUAAAAAUUAAUUUUUGCGAAUUAAUAAAUUCAAAAAUGAGUUCAUCGCAUUGAAUGAGGAAAUAGAUCAAUAGAAAUAAACCACAACAUAUCAUGUGUAUAAGCCUAUGGAUGAUUAAGUUUAUUUUGUUAAAAGAGUAAAAAACAACCUAAUAAUAGAUUUAAUUGUUAAAUAUACCUUUGGAUGUUACAUUUCAAGAUAUAUUUAACACAAAAAGUUCAACAUAAGAUUACUACAAAAUUUAAGAGGCACGUACUCUUCAACAUGUUUCACAUCCAAACAUAAUCAGACUUUAUGAAUGGUGGCUGGAAAUAAAAAACUACUAAUUAUUUCUGUAUACUCAGAUAGAAUACUGUAUUUAUCCUGGAUAUAUUUCACAAUCUAAAAAUCUAUUGAGUUAUUCCUAUUUUUAUAUGAACCCCAUGCCUUAAGAAUAGAAGAGCAAACUUAUCAAUGAAAUUCUAUGUUAGAUUAUAAGUGGUUUAGAGUACUUGUAAAAAAAGUAGAUAGUCCAUGGAGACUUGAAACCAGAAAGCAUUAUGGUUACUAAAAGUAUCACUGGAGACAUAUAGGUAAUCGAUUCAAGUAACAAAGGUUAUGUUAGCAGAUUUGAAUCAUUCAUAUUCUUGUUAUCAAGAUUUGCAAAAGAUCUAAGCCAAAGAUUAUAUUGAUUACAAAUAACAAUGCUUGUAUGCUUUAGGUGUAUUGUUGAUGCAUCUAAUCCUUACAUUUCCAGGAGAACCAACACUCAGAAAUAAUUAUGUUACAAAGUUUUAGAAUUACGACAUAGAUGAUUCACUAAGUGAGUUUGAUAAAUGGGCAUAAAAAUCUGUUAAGAAUAAGCAUAAGGAGUUUUCAUUUUUCUUAUACAAACAUUAAAUGGAAUUAGCAAAAUCUUUAUUAAAGAAAUAACAAUUUCAUGAAUUACAUGAAGUAAGAACUUUUAUUUAAAAUAAUAAAUAAUUUGAUCAUCUAUUAGUUUGA